GUAGAAUUGCUUGGUUUCCGUUUCUGUUCUAAGAAACUGCAGCGCAAUGGCUGGUGUGUGGCUGCAGCUCUCCCUGCUCCUGCUGCUCCUUUUGGGGGGAACUGAGGGGGCAUGGAAUGGGCGACAGAUCAGAAAGAAAUUGCACCAACUAAAGGAAACUGAAAACUUCAAAUCCUUCUACACUCACUGGGGGAUGCCAAAAGGGGCCUUCGCCAAUACUCCUUCGGUUGAGUCCUAUAUUGCCCAACCCCUGGACCACUUCAACCGACGUAACAAUUCCACUUUCAAUCAGAGGUACUGGAUAAAUGAGGAGUACUGGAAUCACCCUAAUGGGCCUGUUUUCCUGUAUAUUGGAGGGGAGAGCUCAUUAUCUGAGUUUUCUGUCCUGUCAGGUGAACAUGUAGAUUUGGCACAGACCCACAGAGCCCUGUUGGUGUCUCUUGAGCAUCGGUAUUAUGGAUCCAGCAUUAACCCUGAUGGACUGACACUGGAGAAUAUAAGGUUCUUAUCCAGCCAGCAAGCGCUUGCAGAUCUGGCAUCUUUUCACAUGUUUAUUUCCCAGAAAUACAACUUAACACGCCAAAAUACCUGGAUCUGCUUUGGAGGCUCCUACCCUGGUUCCCUGUCUGCUUGGUUCAGACUAAAGUUUCCUCAUUUAGUAUAUGCAGCUGUGGCAUCCUCUGCACCUGUUCGAGCAGAACUGGACUUCACAGGUUAUAACAAAGUUGUUGCAUGGAGCCUUGCAGACCCAGUUAUCGGUGGCUCUGAAAAGUGUUUGGAUGCAGUAAAAGAAGGCUUUCAGGCUGUUGAUUCGCUGCUUCAGAAGGGAAACAUCACUCAGCUGGAGAAAGACUUCUAUUCCUGCGGAUCUUUGCAAGGGUCUGAUGAUUACACAGAAUUUGUUGGAAAUCUGGCAGACAUAUUUAUGGGGGCAGUGCAAUAUAAUGGGAUGUCUCCAGCCAGUAACGUGCAACAGAUCUGCCAGCUAAUGACCAUCAAAGACAACUCCGCUUAUGAGGGAUUACGAUCGGUAAACAGGAUGUACAUGGACUUCAUGGGUCUGAGCUGUGUCUAUAACUCCCAUGCAAAAUCUGUGGCAGAUCUGAGUAGCACCAAGCUCAGUCUAGUUGGGGUUGGAGAGCGGCAGUGGUUCUACCAGACAUGCACAGAGUUUGGAUAUUAUCAAACCUGCGAGGACCCCUCCUGUCCAUUCUCGUCUCUAAUCACCCUGAAGUCCCAGCUUGAUCUAUGUUCCCAGAUUUUCCAGGUUCCUACAGAAUCUGUACUCCAGUCAGUGCAGUUUACCAAUGAGUUCUAUGGUGCUGAUCACCCAAAAUCAAGCAGGAUUAUCUUUGUUAAUGGUGAUGUUGAUCCAUGGCAUGCUCUUAGUGUGUUAAAGAAUCAGUCGCGCUCCGAAAUCGCCAUCUUAAUCAAUGGUACAUCUCACUGUGCAAACAUGAGCCCAUCCCACACCAGUGACCCGCUAUCCCUGCAGGAAGCAAGAAAGGAAAUUGCUGCACAGGUAGCCACUUGGUUAAAAUCUGCACAGAGUGAGCUGGGAGGCUGAUAACAAAAUCCUGUGGGCUACUCUCACAACUGGAGGUCAUGUGUUUACAUGAAGAACAUACCAAAACACUGAAUGAUGCACUAGUAAUGAGUUUUUAAUCUUUUAAUAAUGUUGAUAUUUUGUGAUGCCUGAAAACGUAUUUCUUAUUUUUGUAUUUUCAAAUUGGAGCAAUACUGAAAAAAGAGGUAUAAGAAAUAGUUUUAACCUAUAUUAAUGAAAUGCCUUAUUCUGGGGCAGAUGUGCUAAAACAAAGGCUUAUCUAUGGAACAGAUGAAAUGUGCUUGUCAUGUGCUUAAAAAUGUGAGUCUGCAUAUUAUGGGGAAGAUCUGCGCUAUGAUAAAGGAGGGUAAUAAUACUAAUAUCCAAGGUGGAAUCGCUUCUUUUGCUUUUUCAUAAGGAUUGAUCAUCAUCUUAAUGCUGUGAGAAAAAGCACAGUUCUGUGCAAUAAGUUCCAUUUUUGUUGAUACUUCCUCAGGUAUUUUAAUUGCAGUACAUCUGAAAAUUGUAGGGUUAUAGCUCAAGUAACAGACACAGAAAUGUAUGCAACUGUUUUAAAAAGGCCCCAUGUCUAGAAGAAGACUUAGGGGCAAAUGUAUUCAAAUUUGAACUUGGGAAACCUGAUAAUUUUCCUUACAGCCAGAAAUGCAGAUGUAUCUAUCCAUUCCUCAGAAUUAAACACAAAGCUCCUCUGUGGAUACUGAAUUGAUCAGGUCUGGACUGGGCUUUAAAAUUUCAAGUACACAGAGACUCAAAAUGCCCCACACAGGCCCACUAAAUAAUGAUUGUCUAUGGCAUCUUACAGCAUUUGCCAGAACCCACUUAUUGCCAGUCCAGCCUGGUAACUCUCUUCUGCACUUUUUUGUUUGUUUUUUUUUUUUUGUUGACUGGUAAUGAAAAGUGGUGAAUUGUCCCUGUCAUUUUUCAUUUUUAAUUUGUUUAGUAUGAUUAAAGCAUGAAGGUAUAGCUAACUCUAUGCACGCAACAUCCAUAGUACAAAGUACAGAGCAAAUCGGAUACCUUGUCAUGCAGACCUUGCGCUUAUAGCUCCAGGGAUUUCCUAUGCAGUAGUGUGGAACAUGGCAGUUACCACUCACUGGUAAAAGGGCAAAUAUAUGGGAGCAAAAUGUUGGAAAACCAUAAUUUCAUACUUUAGUAUAUAAAGAGAAAGUGAGUGGAGAAAUAGUUUAGGCUUUAUAGUCACCAUUACUCUGUGAUGCUGAAAGCUCUGUGCUCCUCCCUAGUCACAAAUGUGUUAUUAAGAUUGUUUUAUAUCUAAAGCAUUUCAAUAAAGAUUAAUUAAUUUACA